CCUCUCCUCAAUUUCUUAAUCUCAUCGCCCCCACAAACAUCAACCGCAAGCCGCCGUUGCAGCAGCAGUGCGGGAGGAAGCGCAAGGCAAGCAUGGCCCUAGCGGGCUUGGACGACCAAAGGGAAAGGCACAGAAUUGCAGAGGGAAACCGACGAAAGAACCUCAGCCAGCUGCACCGUGAGCUGGACAGCCGGAUUCAUGAUUCCUUCCUGGAGCAAGCUGGUUGGAACCCUUCCAAGGGCCUACCGGAGUCCAAGGAACAAAUUGUUCAGGCUGCCAUCUUCCUCGUUGACUACAUGGUCUCGAUCAUCAUGUCCUUGCUUCGCCAAGAUAACAAGACGCCACACCAGCUUUCGGAGUGCCUGACACCCCAGAUCCGCUGCAUGCAGCUGCAGCAGCUGGUGCUAAGCCUUCGGAAGCAGAAUCAGAUUUCCCAGCAGCAGCUCAGGAGUCUUCAGCAAGAAAAUCAGACGUUGGUGGGGCGUAUGCCUUCGUAGAAUAUGGUGCUGAGAGUACUUUCUGAGUGCAAAAUUGAGGAUGGGACGCACUGCAGCCGCAGAGCUAUACGUCGGAUGUGUGUCUAUAUGCAGAAU